CUCUCUCUCUCCUCAAACAUGUUGCCGUCUUCUCAUCCAACUACCCAUUUGUUGUCUUCUCUCACUAGCCAAACACAAGCCUUCAAAUCAUCAUACAUUUUGUAAUCUUUUCUUUCAUCCAGUUUGGUAGCUCUUCUUUCCUACAAUGAUGGAGGUUGCUUUCUUGUUUUAAGCGCUCUAUCUACUGUUGGAAACUAUGAAGAUACACUUUAGUUUGCACUGAAACUUCUGUUCUACUGAGAUGUGAGAUCAUUAUCUUGAGAAGUUAUACUUUUUUCUUGGUCGGUUUUGGGAUCCUUUUUUUCUAAUUUCUAAUGCUUUCGAGAAUAAAAAGGGGGAAUAUGUUUGGCUGGUGGGAGUGCUGUGCUGCAUCAUGCUGUGAAAGAGUUUAUGAAGAGUUUCUGGAGGACCCAGAGCCUUUUUCUCUGCCUUCACCACUUCCUCAAUGGCCAAAAGGUAAAGGUUUUGCUACGGGGAAGAUUUGUCUCGGAGAAAUAGAAGUUGUUAAAAUCACUGAAUUCGAGAAAAUAUGGAGUUGCAGCUCGUUGAGUCGAAAGGCCAAUGCUGUCGCAUUCUAUAAACCUGUCGGAAUUCCGGACGGAUAUUCCAGCCUCGGCCACUAUUGCCAGCCAAGUGAUCGGAAACUAAGGGGCUAUGUCCUUGUAGCCAAAUGCAUAUCAAGUGACGAGUCUCAGGGUUCAAAAUCAGUCUCUCCAGCUCUUACAAAGCCUCUGAACUACACUUUGGUAUGGAGUUCACAUUCUCAUGGCAACGAAUAUGGUUAUAUAUGGCUUCCCAAUCCACCGGAAGGCUAUAAACCAACAGGGUUUGUGGUGACCACGGAGCCUGAAGAGCCAGAUCUUGAGGAAGUAAGAUGUGUCCGAGAAGACCUCACUGAGAGUUGUGAAGUUAAUGAGGUCAUAUUUGAGAGAAAUUCAGUCUUUCCAAAGGGCCGGAUUUAUGUUGGGAAUACAAGACCAUGCAGAAGGGGGAUGCUCUGCAGAGGUGUUCCCGUUGGUACGUUCUAUUGCAGUCAAGACGAGGAUUCUGAGAACGACAUGAGUAUUGCUUGUUUGAAAAACCUCGAUUCUUCCCUUCUUGCAAUGCCAAAUCUGGACCAGGUUCAUGCACUCAUUAAGCAUUACGGGCCCACUGUUUAUUUACAUCCUGAUGAAGCUUUCUUGCCAUCAUCAGUUUCUUGGUUUUUUGAAAACGGAGCUCUUCUGUACAAAGAUGGGAGAGAUAAGGGAUUAGCCAUUGAUUCUAAAGGCUCAAAUUUACCUGGUGGUGGGAGGAACGACGGACAGUUCUGGCUCGAUUUGCCUGUAGAUAACAAUAGAAGUGAUCAUGUAAAAUCAGGUAGCAUGAAAACCGCAGAGCUCUACGUUCAUGUGAAACCGGCAUCUGGAGGAACUUUCACUGAUAUCGCCAUGUGGAUAUUUUGCCCGUUCAAUGGUCCGUCCACCAUUAAAGCCGGAGCUUUCAAUUAUACCUUCAGUAGAAUAGGUCAGCAUGUCGGUGACUGGGAGCAUUAUACGCUCCGGCUGAGCAACUUUGAGGGAGAGCUCUGGAGUGUGUAUUUCUCCGAGCACAGUGGAGGUGAAUGGCUCGAUGCAUCAGCGUUGGAGUUCAUCGACGGAAAUAAGCCGAUCAUAUACGCAUCAAAAAGCGGCCAUGCAAGCUUCCCGCAUGAGGGUUGCUACAUUCAGGGCUCGACAAAGUUGGGCAUUGGAGCGAGGAACGAUUGUGCUAAAAGCAAUUAUUCCAUAGACUCUAGCACAAAAUAUCAAGUCAUUGCUGCUGAGUACCUGGGAGACGAAAUUGAAGAACCUCAUUGGUUGCAGUACAUGAGAGAAUGGGGUCCGACCGUUGUUUAUGAUUCUCGAUCCGAACUGGAUAAGAUACUCAAACACCUCCCAUUUUUCGUCAGGUUUUCGUUGGAAAAUCUCAUAGAGUUGUUUCCUACUGAACUUUAUGGCGAGGAAGGGCCAACGGGGCCAAAGGAGAAGGACAACUGGCUGGGGGAUGAAAGAUGCUAGUCUUGUUAUAUCCCAAGUACUCUCGAAACUUCUUAGGAUGUCGAGGACUUCGAAUCUGAGGACAAUCACCACCACUAGUAUGAUGGGGGCUCUUCAGGAUUCAUCAUACACAGAUAACUGUGUGCGUGCAAGAUUUGAGGUCCGCAGUCAUUCUAAGAAUUACUAGUCAUCCAUAAGUGAUUGUGAUUGUUUGAGAUCAAACCUCCUACGAAUUACUCAUACUUGGGAAGUGCAACAUAGAUAUGGUUUGGAAUUGCAUUCUUAGGCAAUGUUUGCCUCUACAUUCUUACA